AUGAUUCAGGCCACCACCAUGGCUGCCUUCCCGCCUGCCGUACACGACCUUCUCGCCCUGGAGGGACUUCUCAGCCCGGAGGAGCGCCAGCUGAGGGACAAAGUCAGGUCGUACAUGGAGGCGAAUGUGGCGCCAGUGAUUGCGGACUACUGGGAGCGAGCCGAGUUCCCCCACCCGCUAGUGCCCGGGUUCGCUGCUCUGGGUCUGGCGGGGGGGGCCAUUAAGGGGUACGGCUGCCCGGGCUUGUCUAUUCUGUCCAACGCCAUGGCGGUUGUUGAGAUUGCCCGGGUGGAUGCCUCCAUGAGCACCUUCUUGCUCGUGCACUCGUAUCUGGCCAUGCUCACAAUUGGACUGCUGGGAUCGGAGGAGCAGAAGCAGGAGCUGCUGCCGCGUAUGGCCAAAUUUGAGUUGGUUGGCUGCUGGGCCUUGACGGAGCCCUCGAACGGCAGCGACGCCUCCGCCCUCACCGCCACCGCCACCAAGGUGCCAGGUGGCUGGAUGAUUAACGGGUACAAGCGUUGGAUCGGCAACGGCACCUGGGCGGAUGUGACGGUGGUGUGGGCCCGUAAUAAUCAAGAUGGCCAGGUCAACGCCUUUAUCGUACGCAAGGGCAACCCCGGUCUUCGCACCGCCAAGAUUGAGAACAAGAUUGCUCUGCGCUGUGUACAGAACGCCGACAUGACUUUCUCGCAGUGCUUUGUGCCGGACUCUGCCCGGCUGCCCGAGGUGACCAGCUUUGCGGACACCAACAAGGUUUUGGCCAUCAGCCGAAUCAUGGUGGCCUGGCAGCCCGUGGGCCUGUCUGUCGGUGUGUACGACAUGUGCUGCAGGUACGUCACUGAGCGGAAGCAGUUUAACACGCAGCUGGGGUCAUUCCAGCUGGUUCAGGAGAAGCUCGCCCGCAUGGGGGGCCACAUCCAGGGCAUGUGGCUGGCCUGCUGGCGUCUGAGCAAGCUGUACGAGGAGGGCCGCAUGUCACACGAGCAGGCUUCCUUGGUGAAGGCCUGGACCUCAGCUCGUGGUCGUGAGGUGAUGGCGCUGGGCCGGGAGCUGCUGGGAGGAAAUGGCAUUCUGGGGCACUUCCUGGUGGCCAAGUCCUUCUCCGACCUGGAGGCGAUCUACACGUACGAGGGCACCUACGAGGUGAAUGUGCUGGUGGCGGGGCGCCGCAUCACCGGUGUCUCGGCCAUCCGCGCCGCUUCACCCCCCAAGGGUCCCCAGGCCGGCAAGAAGGGCGCCAAGCAACAGCAGCAGGAGGCCGAGGCCGAGCGCAAGUAG